AUGGCGUCGCUUCCGGUGUCCACACCAGGUUUCAGACCUCGCGCCUCUUCAUCCUCCUCGCACACGUUUUCUCACAGUCUCCCACGGUCGAGUAAGGUUCUGCUACCUUCAUCCGAUAGUCAAUCGAUAUCCCUCUCCACCGGCACAGCAACAGUCGAGAAGUCGACAACGUUAGCCACGAUAUCUACCCCAGCUGCAGGAGCUGCUGUCGAGCGAGCCAUCACUACCAGAGCUCCGGCCAUGUUCUCCUCUUCGCCUAGCGAAGCCUCAAGCUAUCCCGGCAAUCGGACAUCGAUGGUGUCUUUGGCAAGCACCACCGUCUCGAACUCGCCACAGUCUCAGAAUUCCUCGGUAGUCAAUCUAGAAGGGCAGAGCUCCAUGCACAUGCUCGGGACGUCCCCAGAUAGCCAGAGCUUCACAUCCGAGUACCACAACGGACAGGGCCGAAAGCGAAGACCGUCGGUGGCGGCGAUAGCAACGGUUGCCACGUCUCCCGUCAACGUGAUAUCGAACCCAACGACCGCGCGGACGUCGACGCACGAAGGGAUGGGCGUACAAGUAGUGGAGGCACCACAUUCCCAGCGAUCACGGUCGGCGAUGUCGCGACAAGAAGGUCCCCAGUCAGUUGGAUCGCCGAAAACAUCGAUGUCAAGCUCCCCCAACAACAAACGGACGUCGGCCUCGUCCGCGACUGCUUCGACUGCUGCCGCCGAAGCUCAAGAAAAAGCGCGAAAGUCGAAGGUGAUCGGGCGGAUCGGAGUGUGUGCUUUGGAUGCGAAAGCGCGAAGUAAGCCGUGUCGAACGAUCCUGAACCGGUUGAUUGAAAAUGGCGAGUUCGAAACGGUGAUUUUUGGUGACAAGGUCAUUUUCGAUGAAGCUGUCGAAAACUGGCCUACCUGUGAUUUUCUGAUAUCUUUCUUUUCCACUGGAUUCCCACUCGAUAAAGCAAUCUCUUACGUACAAUUGCGCAAGCCAUACUGCGUCAAUGAUCUACAGAUGCAGCAGGUCCUUUGGGACCGGCGGCUAGUUCUUCGCAUUUUGGACUCGAUCAACGUUCCGACACCUAAGCGCAUCGUUGUGUCACGCGAUGGUGGCGAAUGGAAGAUGCCGCAGAGGGUUGAACUUAGUGAGGACGGCGAGACUUUAAUCGUAGACAACAAGACGCUCAAGAAGCCUUUCGUCGAGAAGCCAACGAGCGGCGAGGACCAUAAUAUCAACAUCUACUUUGCCGGUGGUAUUGGUGGACGGAGACUCUUCCGCAAAGUUGGCAACAAGUCUUCUGAGUAUGAUCCAAAUCUGAACCAGCCACGAACGGAUGGAUCCUUCGUCUACGAGCAGUUCAUGGACGUCGAUAACUGCGAGGAUGUCAAAGCGUACACCGUGGGGCCCGACUACUGCCACGCCGAAACACGAAAGUCGCCGGUGGUGGAUGGUCUGGUUCGCCGCAAUCAGCAUGGAAAGGAGAUCCGAUUCGUUACGCAGCUCGCCAAAGACGAGGCUAGUAUGGCUUCACGAAUCUGCGAAGCUUUCGGACAGGCUGUUUGUGGCUUUGAUCUUUUGAGAGCCCACGGCAAGAGUUACGUGAUAGACGUCAACGGGUGGAGCUUCGUCAAAGACAACAAUCCUUAUUACGACGCAUGUGCAUCAAUUCUUCGGAAGACGUUUAUCGCGCACAUGCAGGCUUCGCCCUCGCAAUCAUCAUCUAAUGGCACACCUGCAGUUGGGGGUGAGGAGGUGAAGCAACCGCCCACUGCCCCGCAGCACAGUUGGAAGCUGAAGGGUAUGGUUGCCGUUCUCAGACACGCGGACAGAACGCCGAAACAGAAGUUUAAGUUUACUUUCCACUCCCAGCCAUUCAUCGAUCUCCUGAAAGGCCACAAGGAAGAGGUCAUCCUCAUUGAGGAAGGACUGCAGGAUGUGGUCAUAGCCACCCAGAAGGCCAUCGAUCUGAAGUCGGAGGAUGGUGACAAGCUCGCACAGCUAAAAAAUGCGCUGGAUAAGAAGAUGGGGUUUGCAGGUACUAAAGUCCAAAUCAAGCCGAUGUAUCUGAAGCACCCCAACCCGGCGGAUAUUCCAAGUAAUCCAGAGGACCCUUCCGAGACACAUACCACUGUCUCUAAUCGGGGAUCUCCGGAGCUUGAUAAGUUGCAGCUUAUCAUCAAAUGGGGAGGAGAACCCACACAUUCGGCCCGCUACCAGAGUCAAGAUCUGGGCGAGUCUUACCGCAAGGAUCUACUGCUGAUGAACCGAGAUGCCCUCGACGAUGUCUCUGUUUUCACCAGCUCUGAAAGGAGGGUCAGCACCAGUGCACAAAUAUGGACCGCCUCUUUCCUGAACAAAAAACUAGAUGACGAUUUCGUGGCCAUCCGCAAAGACCUGCUGGAUGACUCCAAUGCUGCUAAGGAUGAAAUGGACAAAGUCAAGAAGAAGCUUAAGUCGCUCCUUCGCAAAGGCUCCAAAGCACCACCACAGUUUGCAUGGCCGAAGGAUAUGCCAGAACCCUGGAUCGUGAUGCGCAAAGUAAUCGAGCUGAUGACCUUCCACCGGUUGGUGAUGAACCAAAACUUCGCCCGCUUCGCGACGCAAUCCCUUGGGUACUCCAACGGCGGCGGUGGGUCUUCAACCGGCUCCAUCAAGGAGCGAGAUCCCACCUCACUCGACGGAAUCCAAAGCCGCUGGUGCUGUGGCGAGGACCCUGCCCUGUUUCGUGAGCGUUGGGAAAAGCUUUUCGUCGAGUUCUGCGACUCGGAGAAGGUUGACCCAGGAAAGAUCUCGGAGCUCUACGAUACCAUGAAGUACGAUGCCCUCCACAACCGUGCGUUCCUCGAGAACAUCUUUCUACCGCCGACCUCCAUGCUGUCCCAGGAAUUGUUGGAGCGCGAGGGCUCGGCGGUUGAAGAUUGGGACGAUGGCAGUAGCGGCGGCUGGACGGAUAGCAACAAACGCACGUCGAUGACUGGCCCGCCGCUCGACUAUGAGCGCGAAAUCCGCGAGCAGCAGCCACCUCCGCAGAAGGAAGAAACGCGCAAGCUCGAGAGACUCAGGCGCGCGCGCAGAAGCUUCAUUUACUCGGCAGUCGAUACCCCCCGCCCCUCGGUCAGCGAGGAGGCGGGCAGGAAGUACCUCAUGUCCACCGGCAAGACCAAGGCAAAAGCCGACGCGCGCCUGGUGAAGCUGCGGGAGCUGUAUCGCUACGCCAAAGUGCUGUUUGACUUCGUCUCACCCCAAGAAUACGGCAUAACCAACGACGAAAAACUCGAAAUCGGCCUCCUCACCAGCCUUCCCCUGCUAAAACAAAUCGUCAAAGACCUGGAAGCCGUCCAAGCCGCUUCACACGCCAAAUCAUUCGUGUAUUUCACCAAAGAAUCGCACAUCUACACGCUGCUGAACUGCAUAAUCGAGGGCGGGAUCCCGAUCAAGAUGGAGCGCAACGCGAUCCCGGAGCUCGACUACCUCACACAGAUCUCCUUCGAGCUAUACGAAUCCGAAUCAAAACUCGAACCCGGCGAGAGCGAGGGCGACCCUAAUAAGAGCGCGUAUGCCAUCCGCGUCGCGAUCAGCCCUGGCUGCCACUCCAGCGAUCCAUUGGAUAUGCAGCUCGAUAGCAAACAUUGCAUAGGCUGUAAUCCGAAAAAGUCCCUCACGAGCCACCUCGAUUGGAAGUAUGUCGUCAAUACGCUUAGGGAGAAGUUUCAUAGGGUUAAGCUGCCGAAACACUUUAUUCCUAUUAAUUUGGGCGAGGCGACGAAGGAGGUUGUUGAGGUUGAGGCGGAGGCGGGGAAGGAGGUGAAGGAGGAGGUGACGAAGGAGGAGGUGACGAAGGAGGAGGUGACGAAGGAGGAGGUGACGAAGGAGGAGCUGGUGGUGGGUGAGGCGGAAGGGGCGAAGGAGGAUGGUGCUGUGACCGAGGUGAAGGAGGAGAAGACCGAGGAGAAGAACGAGGCUCCUCUGGCGGCAGAGACCGAGAACAAGAACAAGACCGAGAACGAGAACGAGCCAGCCGUAGCGGCGGCGGCGGUGGCGGACGAGUGUGCGAUCGAAGACGACGAGCCGGAUAGCGUGGCCGUAACGUAG